AUGUUGUCCGAACUUGCAUUAACAUCUUCAUCGACAGAUACAUCCAUACAAGUCUGGGACUUUCGAACGGGAACCUUACUGAUCUCGUUUAAACAAAAUGCAUGUUAUGAACGUGGAUUGGCACUAAUUCCGCAUCCUGGACAACCUAACAGAGUGGGUUUGGUGAUAUCUGCACAAACAGAUAAGGCAUUGUUGCACGUUUAUUCUUGGCAAAAGGAUCAAACUUACCUUAAAAUAAUAUGCCCGGAGAAACUUAUUUCUUUGGCUGUAUCAAAUCGAGGCGGAUAUUGCGCUGGUGGCACUGAUGGCGGAAAAAUAUAUGUGUGGGAGCUUUCGACUGGAAUACUUUGCCGCGUCUAUGAUGGUCAUUAUAAAAAAAUCACUGUCAUCAAAUUUACAAAUGAUGACACUGCAUUCAUUUCAGGAAGCGAGGAUGCGGGAUUGAACGUCUGGCUGAUGGCCAGUGUCUUAGAUGAAUCGGCAGAUGGAGUCCCAUCGCCUUAUUACUCGUGGUCAGAUCAUUCAUUGCCAAUUACCGACAUAAUAUGUGGUAUUGGAAAUUUUCUCUCUGCAAGAGUGUUGACCUCAUCUUUAGAUCAUACUUGUAAGUUAUGGGACUUAUCAACUGGAUUCCUCUUAACGACCUUUGUGUUUCCCACCGCUAUAACUGCCAUUGCACUUGACCCUGCCGAAAGAAUGUUGUUUGCGGGCGGCAGGAAUAAUUUAAUUUAUCAAGUGAAUCUUUAUCGAAAACUUGAAAACAAAGGUUUCGGCAUUGAGAUUGCUUCUGUCGGAGGUGGUGGUGCAAUCGAAGAUGUUACCUCCGAGCAUAGUGGUAAUGAAGGUUCUCAAGAUGGUAAUGUGAGAGUUUGGGAUAUUAAUAGCAGGCAAAUGAUGAAAAGCUUCAAUCAUCACAAAGGUCCAGUAACGAAUCUAUUUACAUUCUUAAGACCGCCGGAUCUUUUCAAAAGCGGUUUAUCACCAAAUAAGAUAUCUGUGCAACCGAUAAUACCAUUUAAAAGAAUUCAACAAAAUUUGAUGCAAAAUGAUUCUGAUUCCGAAGAACCCAUGGUCUUGAUUUUAAAUGAUAACACAAAGGAUGUUCUUGAUGUGGCUAGGAGCGAAAGGGAUUAUAAAAGUCAAGAGUUCCGUGAUUUAUUAACAGCGAGAGAAAAUCAAAGAAAAUUUCGCAUCGGAGAUGAAACGCUCGCACUUCAAACGCAAGUGUCCGAACUGCAAUCCGAACUUCUUCGUGUUCGUGGGCAUUAUCAUCGCGUCAAAAACUUACAUGACGAAAUGUAUCAGGAAUUGGUUUCGGAUUUUAUGUCAAAGCGAAGGGAAGGAAGUUAA